AGUCUCGGGCGGCGGCGUCCGGCGCGCGGGCGGGUGUCCUACUGAGCGGGUUGGAGAGCGUGCGGCGCGCGGGUGAGGAAGAGAGAGAGACGGAGUCGGCGAGCAACCACGGCGACAGGUUUUCUACUUAUAAAAGACAAUGACUACUGAUGAAGGUGCCAAGAAUAAUGGAGAAAGCCCAGCAGCAGCUGUUGCAGAAAGAGGAGAGGAUAUUACCUCCAAGAAGGACAGAGGAGUAUUAAAAAUUGUCAAAAGAGUGGGUACUAGUGAGGAAACACCAAUGAUUGGAGACAAAGUUUAUGUCCAUUACAAAGGAAAAUUGUCAAAUGGAAAGAAGUUUGAUUCCAGUCAUGAUAGAAAUGAGCCAUUUGUGUUUAGUCUUGGCAAAGGCCAAGUUAUCAAGGCCUGGGACAUUGGGGUGGCUACCAUGAAGAAAGGAGAGAUCUGUCACUUACUGUGUAAGCCUGAGUAUGCGUAUGGCUCAGCUGGCAGUGUUCCCAAAAUUCCCUCAAAUGCAACUCUCUUUUUUGAAAUUGAACUUCUUGAUUUCAAAGGAGAGGAUUUAUUUGAAGAUGGAGGCAUUAUCCGUAGAAUCAAACAGAAAGGAGAGGGAUACUCAAACCCGAAUGAAGGAGCAACAGUGGAAAUCCACCUGGUAGGCCGCUGUGGUGGACAGGUGUUUGAUUGCAGAGAUGUGAUAUUCAUUGUUGGCGAAGGAGAAGACCAUGACAUUCCAAUUGGAAUUGACAAAGCCUUGGAGAAAAUGCAGCGGGAAGAGCAAUGUAUUUUAUAUCUUGGACCACGAUACGGAUUUGGAGAGGCAGGCAAACCUAAAUUUGGCAUCAAGCCUAAUGCUGAUCUUAUAUAUGAAGUUACACUUAAGAGCUUCGAAAAGGCCAAAGAAUCCUGGGAAAUGGAUACCAAAGAAAAAUUGGAGCAGGCUGCCAUGGUCAAAGAGAAGGGAACUGUAUACUUCAAGGGAGGCAAGUACAUGCAGGCGGUGAUUCAGUAUGGAAAGAUAGUGUCCUGGCUAGAGAUGGAGUAUGGUUUAUCAGAAAAAGAAUCAAAAGCUUCUGAGUCAUUUCUGCUUGCUGCUUUUCUGAACCUGGCCAUGUGCUACCUGAAGCUUAGAGAGUACACCAAAGCCGUGGAGUGUUGCGAUAAGGCCCUUGGGCUAGACAGUGCCAACGAGAAGGGCUUGUACAGGAGGGGUGAAGCCCAGUUGCUUAUGAAUGAGUUUGAGUCAGCCAAAGGUGACUUUGAGAAGGUAUUGGAAGUGAAUCCCCAGAAUAAGGCUGCGAGACUACAGAUCUCCAUGUGCCAGAAGAAGGCGAAGGAGCACAACGAACGGGACCGCAAGAUCUACGCCAACAUGUUCACCAAGUUUGCAGAGCAGGAUGCAAAGGAAGAAGCCAGUAAAGCAAUGAGCAAGAAGACUUUAGAAGGAGCCACCAAUGAAAAAGGAACAGAAAGUCAAACAAUGGAAGAAGAGAAACUUGAAGGCCAUGUAUGACGCCACGCUAAGGAGGGACAAGAGUCCUCAUGAACUCAGCCCCCUCCUCCAUGGGCUUCACCCAACUCAGGACUAAGCAGUGUUUAAUGUCAAGUUUGUUAUAGUCUGUGUGAUUCUGGGAGCCAAUGGCAAAACCAGUAGCUUCCCCAAAGCGUCCCCCCUGCUGCUGCCCAGUGCACUCACCGAGGGGUGGCAUGGGACCACUCCAGGUGGAACAAACACGGAAAUGACUGUUGGUGUGUAGAAAUUAAACCAACAGACUAAGUCCAGCUCAUUUCAGUUUGUCAGAGAUCAAUAUCCAGUUCAGGGUCCCUUGAGAUAAAUAAUCCUAACA